AUGGUCCUGAUCCUACCUCAUAUUGUUACUAUCGCUCUGCUGGCUACCCAGUCUGAUGCUAAGUUCCCUCCACCGAGCGGCGAGUACUUCAAGGCAAUCACUGGCUCUACAACUGUGUCAGCUGACUUUACAAUCCUCGCGCACGCGUCAGACGACGUCGUCCUGUCAGUGAAUUGUACGCAGACUCCGGACCCAAUUGAGUCAGCAUAUCUGGACCUUGAUUCGG